AUGCGUGCCCAAUCGAUCUCCGUCGCGGCGACGGCCCUGCUCGCGGCCCACUGCGGCCAGGCAGCGCGGAUCCUCCAGGGCAACGACGACGGCUGGGCCGAGCUGUACGUCCGCUCCUUCAACGACGCCCUGAACGCCGCCGGGCACGACGUCGUCCUGUCCGCGCCCGCCGACAACAAGUCCGGCACAGGCUCCCUCGACGUCGAGCCCAGCCCCCGCAGGGACGCGUGCGAGUACAACAGCUGCCCGGCCGGCACCGGCGCCCCCGUCGGCAACAACGCCACGAGCCCGCGCCUGAACUGGGUCAACGCCUUCCCCGUGACGGGCGUCCGCUACGGCAUCGACACCUUCGGCCCGCAGUUCUGGCAGGGGCGCAAGCCCGAGCUCGUCGUCACGGGCCCCAACGUCGGCUCGAACCUCUGGCUCGCCGUGCCCUUCUCGGGCACCGUCGGCGCCGCCGUCUACGCCGCGCACGAGGCGCGCAUCCCCGCCAUCGCCUUCUCCGGCGCCUCGGACGGCAAGCUCGCCUGGGACGCCUCCCCGCCGCCCCUGCGCAGCCUGCUGUACGCCCAGCUCGCGACGCAGCUGACCGACGCCGUGCUCGCGUCCGGCGCGCCCUACCUGCCCGACGACGUCUUCCUCAACGUCAACUUCCCCAAGGCCGAGGGCGCCUGCACCCGGCCCGCGGCCUUCAAGUGGGUGCUCAGCCGCGUCAACCCGGGCUGGCUGUCGGCGCCCGACGUGCGCCACUGCGGCGGCGCGCGGCUGCCCACCGAGACGGACGUCAGCCACGAGGACGGGUGCUACAUCUCGGUCAGCGUCGGGGACGCCAACGACAAGACGACGGCCUCGGUCGACAAGCAGGCCGUCGUGCUGCAGAAGCUGGGGAGCCUGCUCACUUGUCUGCCCUAG